AGGAAUUUAGAUAAUGGGCUGUGUGCAAUGUAAGGAUAAAGAAGCAACAAAACUGACGGAGGAGAGGGACGGCAGCCUGAACCAGAGCUCCGGGUACCGCUAUGGCACAGACCCCACCCCUCAGCACUACCCCAGCUUCGGUGUGACCUCCAUCCCCAACUACAACAACUUCCACGCAGCCGGGGGCCAAGGACUCACUGUCUUUGGAGGUGUGAACUCUUCGUCUCAUACGGGGACCUUGCGUACGAGAGGAGGAACAGGAGUGACACUGUUUGUGGCCCUUUAUGACUAUGAAGCACGGACAGAAGAUGACCUGAGUUUUCACAAAGGAGAAAAAUUUCAAAUAUUGAACAGCUCGGAAGGAGAUUGGUGGGAAGCCCGCUCCUUGACAACUGGAGAGACAGGUUACAUUCCCAGCAAUUAUGUGGCUCCAGUUGACUCUAUCCAGGCAGAAGAGUGGUACUUUGGAAAACUUGGCCGAAAAGAUGCUGAGCGACAGCUAUUGUCCUUUGGAAACCCAAGAGGUACCUUUCUUAUCCGCGAGAGUGAAACCACCAAAGGUGCCUAUUCACUUUCCAUCCGUGAUUGGGAUGAUAUGAAAGGAGACCACGUCAAACAUUAUAAAAUUCGCAAACUUGACAAUGGUGGAUACUACAUUACCACCCGGGCCCAGUUUGAAACCCUUCAGCAGCUUGUACAACAUUACUCAGAGAGAGCUGCAGGUCUCUGCUGCCGCCUAGUAGUUCCCUGUCACAAAGGGAUGCCAAGGCUUACCGAUCUGUCUGUCAAAACCAAAGAUGUCUGGGAAAUCCCUCGAGAAUCCCUGCAGUUGAUCAAGAGACUGGGAAAUGGGCAGUUUGGGGAAGUAUGGAUGGGUACCUGGAAUGGAAACACAAAAGUAGCCAUAAAGACUCUUAAACCAGGCACAAUGUCCCCCGAAUCAUUCCUUGAGGAAGCACAGAUCAUGAAGAAGCUGAAGCACGACAAGCUGGUCCAGCUCUACGCAGUGGUGUCUGAGGAGCCCAUCUACAUCGUCACCGAGUAUAUGAAUAAAGGAAGUUUACUGGAUUUCUUAAAAGAUGGAGAAGGAAGAGCUCUGAAAUUACCAAAUCUUGUGGACAUGGCAGCACAGGUGGCUGCAGGAAUGGCUUACAUCGAGCGCAUGAAUUAUAUCCAUAGAGAUCUGCGAUCAGCAAACAUUCUAGUGGGGAAUGGACUCAUAUGCAAGAUUGCUGAUUUCGGAUUGGCCCGAUUGAUCGAAGACAAUGAGUACACAGCAAGACAAGGUGCAAAAUUCCCCAUCAAGUGGACGGCCCCCGAGGCAGCCCUGUACGGGAGGUUCACAAUCAAGUCUGACGUGUGGUCUUUUGGAAUCUUACUCACAGAGCUGGUCACCAAAGGAAGAGUGCCAUACCCAGGCAUGAACAACCGGGAGGUGCUGGAGCAGGUGGAGCGAGGCUACAGGAUGCCCUGCCCGCAGGACUGCCCCAUCUCUCUGCAUGAGCUCAUGAUCCACUGCUGGAAAAAGGACCCUGAAGAACGCCCCACUUUUGAGUACUUGCAGAGCUUCCUGGAAGACUACUUUACCGCCACAGAGCCCCAGUACCAACCUGGUGAAAACCUGUAAGGCCCGGGUCUGCGGAGAGAGGCCUUGUCCCAGAGGCUGCCCCACCCCCCCCCAUUAGCUUUCAAUUCCGUAGCCGGCUGCUCCCCAGCAGCAGAACCGCCCAGGAUCAGAUUGCAUGUGACUCUGAAGCUGACGAACUUCCAUGGCCCUCAUUAAUGACACUUGUCCCCAAAUCCGAACCUCCUCUGUGAAGCAUUCGAGACAGAACCUUGUUAUUUCUCAGACUUUGGAAAAUGCAUUGUAUCGAUGUUAUGUAAAAGGCCAAACCUCUGUUCAGUGUAAAUAGUUACUCCAGUGCCAACAAUCCUAGUGCUUUCCUUUUUUAAAAAUGCAAAUCCUAUGUGAUUUUAACUCUGUCUUCACCUGAUUCAACUAAAAAAAAAAAAAGUAUUAUUUUCCAAAAGUGGCCUCUUUGUCUAAAACAAUAAAAUUUUUUUUCAUGUUUUAACAAAAACCAAUCAGGACAGGUGUUUCUUUUUGUUUUCUUUUUAUAAAUAUGAAUGUAUAUAAUAUAUAUGUCCCUGUACAUACACAAUGUGGGUGCUAAUGCGGAGACUGUGGCCAGCCUGGGCCACCAAGCUAUGGAACCCAGAGGGAGGAUUUUACUGUAAGUCAGCAUCAAAGCACUGGUGUUAUUCUGAAAACACCAGUGGCCUCAUUUUUGGCUUUUGCAAAGCAUGAAUUUUUUCAUUUGGAUUGCACUUUCCUGGUUCAUGACUGUACCUGUAGAUGGCUGUUACUUUGACUCUUUUCAGGAACCGCCCCCCCAGGCUGAAUUUACAAGUUCUGUUAGCAGUAUUUGCUUCAACUUACUGCCGUUUGUUCUCAAAACUUAAAAAUAAGCAAGCAAAUGGCUACCGAGAGAACUGGAAGAUGGAUACCACACAAACUUCUUGUAUAAAAAUAUGAAUGCUGAAAUGUUUCAGACAUUUUUAAUUUAAUAAACCUGUAACCACAUUUAAAUGAUCUAAAACCCAUAGCAUUGUAGUCAUGGCAACCUGCUAAACUUUCUCAUGCAACUAAAAUUUCUGGGGGAAAUGAGGGUGGGGGUUGUACAUUUCCCAUUGUAAAAUAAGUGUUUUAAAUGUCCUGUACUGCUAAUGAAUGACUUUCUAUAUGUCCAGGAGUUCUCCAGUGGAAUAACUAUGCACUACUUUACAUUUCAUGGGGAUGCACAAAAACAAAAGAGUAUUACAUUUUUAGUUGCUGUUUGUACCACCUUAAAUUACAUAUGUUUAACACCAACAAAUCAAAAAUCCUAUUUCUAUUGAGUUUUUAAUACUGACUAGCAACUCUUAAUUCCUUUUUUGUUAUGAUUCAUUUGUGAGUUUACAUUUUUAAAUUGUUUAACUUUCUUAAUUUAGUAAUUAAAAAGAGAGCAUUUUACAUUU